AUGGAACCAGGGAACCAUACAGAAAUCAUACAAUUUAUUCUUCUAGGAUUUUCAGGGAGUGCAAAAUUGCAGCCACUUAUAUUUGGACUUUUCUUCUCCAUGUACCUGAUUACUGUGUUUGGAAACCUGCUCAUCAUCCUGGCGGUCAGCUCAGACUCCCAGCUCCACACGCCCAUGUACUUCUUUCUCUCCAACCUGUCCUUUGUGGACAUCUGCUUCACCUCCACCACUGUCCCAAAGAUGCUGGUCAACAUCCAGACAUGGAGCAAAGCCAUAACCUAUAAAAGUUGCAUCAGCCAGCUGUAUUUUUUCUUGCUCUUUGGAUUAAUGGAUGACUUACUCCUGACCGCGAUGGCCUUUGACCGCUUUGUGGCCAUCUGCCACCCCCUGCACUACACGGUCACCAUGAACCCCCAGCUCUGUGGGUUGCUGGUUCUGGUGUCCUGGAUCCUAAGUGUCCUGCACUCCUUGAUACACAGCUUAAUGAUACUGAGAUUGUCCUUCUGUACAGACUUGGAAAUCCCCCACUUUUUUUGUGAACUUAACCAGGUCAUCCAACGUGCGUGUUCUGAUACUUUUCUUAAUAACAUGGUGCUUUAUUUUGCAGCUGGGCUCUUGGGUGGUGCUCCCCUUACUGGGAUACUUUACUCUUACUCUAAGAUAGUUUCUUCCAUACGUAGAAUCUCAUCAGCCCAAGGGAAGUAUAAAGCAUUUUCCACCUGUGCCUCUCACCUCUCAGUUGUCUCCUUAUUUUAUUGCACAGCCCUAGGAGUAUAUCUUAGCUCGGCUGCUCCCCACAACUCACAAUCAAGUGCAAUAGCCUCGGUGAUGUACACCGUGGUCACCCCUAUGCUGAACCCCUUCAUUUACAGUCUGAGGAACAAAGACAUAAAGAGGGCACUGAAAAGACUCUGUUGGAAGGAAACAAUAAAAAGCCAGUUGUCCUUGGACUGA